GGGCCUUUUCAGUCCUGCAGCUCCCGGGGCUCUGAGUCUGGUGGCGGAAGAUGGCGUCGGGCAAGGUCCUGUCCGCGCUGCGCGCGCUCCGGCAGCCGCUGUCGCCGCUGCUGCUGCUGUUGCUCCUCGGGCCGUGGGCCGCGGCGGGCCAUGCCGGCAAGUACUCGCGGGAGAAGAACGAGCCGGCGCCGCCCUCGAAGCGCGAGCCCGCGGCGGAGUUCCGCAUGGAGAAGCUGAACCAGCUGUGGGAGAAGGCUCAGCGGCUGAACCUUCCUCCUUUGAAGUUGUCCGACCUCCACACUGAUCUGAAGAUUCAAGAACGGGAUGAAUUCAAAUGGAAGAAGCUGAAGGCUGAGGGUCUGGAUGAGGACGGGGAGGAGGAGGCAAGGCUGGUCCGCAGCCUCAGCGUCAUCCUGGCCAAGUACGGUCUGGACGGCAGGAAGGACUCGCGGGUCGUGAGCAGCAACUUCAUCGACCACGGCACCGAUGACAACAGCCUGGAGGACCCCCGGCUGGAGAAGCUGUGGCACAAGGCGAAGACCUCCGGGAAGUUCUCCAGUGAAGAGCUGGACAAGCUGUGGCGGGAGCUGCAGCACCACAAGGAGAAGGUGCAGGAGUACCACGUGCUGCUGGAGGCCCUGGGCAGGACCGGAGAAAGCCACGAGAACGCCAUCGGGCCGGUGGACGUGAGCGGCGUGCAGGCGGAAGCACUGGCGAGCAGGCACGCGGAGCUGAAGGACCGGCUGCGGAACAUCGGCCAGGGCUUCGACCGGCUGCGCAGGGUCAGCCACCAGGGCUACGGCGCGGAAACCGGUUGGCGCGCGUGCCCCGGCGCCCCAGGCUGGGGUCUCCGAGCCCGUCUUCACUCUCGUGCAGAGUUCAUGGAGCCCCGGGUGGUGGACCUCUGGGACAUGGCCAAGUCGGCCAACUUCACCGAGAAGGAGCUGGAGUCCUUCCGGGAGGAGCUCAAGCACUUCGAAGUAAAAAUCGAAAAGCACAACCAUUACCAGAAGCAGCUAGAAAUUUCUCACCAGAAGCUGAAGCACGUGGAGAGCUUCGGGGACCAGGAGCACAUCACCCGCAACAAGGAGCGGUACGCCAUGCUGGAGGAGAAGACCAAGGAGCUGGGCUACAAGGUGAAGAAGCACAUGCAGGACCUCUCCAGCCGCGUCUCCAGGGCCCGCCACAACGAGCUCUGAGGCCACCUGAGCUCCGAGGCCCCGGCCCGGCCCGCCGCACGGAGGCACCAGCGGCCUGCGGUUCCCGAAGAGGGGCCCGGCCCUCGGGGGUUGCUUGUCCAUCAGCAGGACCUCAGGGAAGGUGUGAAGGGGACGGGCCGGGAGGGGCUGUAGCCGGAAGGACGGAUGGACUGCCACGGGUGACCCGGGGCCAGGAGGAGGAGCUCCACAAGCCUGCGCCUCGCUAGCUGCCCGUGGAGUGGCGGCCCCCUGCGCUACAAGGUCACAGUUUGCAUUGAAAUCUCAUGAAUCUGCCACUGGAAAUACUAUGUACAGGAGUCCUUACAAAUAAACGACAGUAUUUAAUUAAACCUCGUGGCCACUGA